AUGAGUAAUUGCUUCUUCUUGUGUGCUCAGAUUAAGGAGACCGGUUCUCUUGAGCUGGGGACUGCAAAGUAUAAGUGGCUUCAGUCAUUGCGCUCAGGGUGUUUAGAUCAAGGGACCAAUGCCUCCAGGAUAAUGGCAGGGAAGGAUGGAGUUACUCUGAAAUCUGUGUCAUACGGGGCAAGAUUGCGCAGGAGUUGUGAUGCGUCACUGAGAGAGGGAGGGUCCAUGAGAAAUCCAUUCUCGAAACACAGAGUAAAGAAGUUUGAUCUAUCUAGCCUAGAUUGGAUUGAUGAGAUUCCAGAUUGCCCUGUAUUUUCUCCAUCAACCCAGGAGUUUGAGGAUCCUAUGGUUUAUCUCAGCAAAAUUGCCCCUGUGGCUGCAAAAUAUGGUAUAUGCAAGAUCAUUUCACCGAUCUCUGCUUCGGUACCUGCGGGCACUGUGCUAAUGAAGGAAUUAGGUGGGCUUAAGUUUACGACCAGAGUUCAGCCUCUCCGUCUUGCUGAAUGGUCCAAGGAUGACAAGUUUGCCUUCUUCAUGAGUGGAAGAAAGUACACAUUUCGGGAGUUCGAGAAGAUGGCAAAUAAAGAAUUUGUACGAAGAUACUCCAGUGCUGCUUGUCUUCCAUCAAGGUAUAUGGAAGAGGAGUUUUGGCAUGAAAUAGCUUUUGGCAAGAUGGAGUCUGUCGAGUAUGCAUGUGAUAUCGAUGGUAGUGCAUUUUCUUCUUCUUCUAAUGACCAGCUUGGGAGAAGCAAAUGGAACUUGAAGAGAUUCUCACGGUUGCCGAACUCUACACUACGUCUUCUCAGAGCUGCAGUUCCAGGAAUAACAGAUCCAAUGCUGUAUAUUGGGAUGCUCUUUAGUAUGUUUGCCUGGCAUGUGGAAGAUCAUUACCUGUACAGUAUUAACUAUCACCACUGUGGAGCCUCAAAAACAUGGUACGGUAUUCCAGGAAGUGCUGCUUCUGAUUUUGAGAAAGUGGUACGUGAGCAUGUAUAUGAUCACGAAAUUUUAUCAGGUGAAGGGGAAAGUGCAGCAUUUGAUGUUCUUUUGGGGAAGACUACAAUCUUCCCACCUAAUAUUUUGCUGGAUCAUCAUGUUCCAGUCUAUAGAGCCGUACAGAAACCUGGAGAGUUUGUUGUAACAUUUCCCCGAGCUUAUCAUUCUGGUUUCAGCCAUGGUUUCAAUUGUGGCGAGGCAGUAAAUUUUGCUACAAGCGAAUGGUUUCCUCUAGGAGCAGUUGCUAGUCAACGUUAUGCACUUCUGAAGAGGAUACCAGUAUUACCUUAUGAGGAGCUUCUUUGUAAAGAAACAACAUUUUUUACUAAUGAGUUUUCCAUGUCUGAUCACGGAGAUGUAGCAUUAACUGGAGACACACAUAUACAGAGCUCUAUGAAGGCCCCCUUUGUGCAGUUGAUGCGGUUCCAACACCGUGUUCGUUGGUCACUUGCGAAAAUGGGUGCUCGUACACGCUAUAAAGCAGACAUUGACGCCACAGUUCUCUGUGGAAUAUGCAAACGUGACUGCUAUAUAGCUCACAUUAUGUGUAACUGCAGAGCCGAUGCAAUUUGCCUUUGUCAUGAGGAAGAAAUUAGGAAGUGCUCUUGCAACUGUGAUCGUGUUAUUUUUGUGAGGAAAGACAUCUUUGAACUGGAGGAACUAUCAAAGAAGUUUGAGAAAAUUGGGGUAUUGGAUGAAGUAGGAAAACAAAUGUCUCAAAGUGAUGGCUCUAGCACGCAUCCUUAUUUGUCCAAUGGCAUUGACCACAAUGCUAAAUACUUCCCAUAUUGCAAGAUCCUAAUUGAUACAUCCCCUGAACUUCAUACCUUGUCAGAGGUAGAUGUUCUUGGAUAUGAUCUGAAUAAGCCAUAUCCUACAUUAUCAACAAUAACUUCUGCACAUGGACCUCAGGAGUAUUCUACACAAAGUGAUGAGUGUACUAGUUCUAACCGAAGAACAUUCUCUAGCUUAUGUCCAGAGAAUGGAAUGAUUAAUGUUUAUCCUUUAUGCACUGAUCAAGCAUUGGCUGCUCAGGAUACUGAUGAUUCUGACUGUGAGGUAUUUAGAGUUAAGAGACGAACUGGCAUAAUUCCAGAGAAAAGAUGUUCAGAAGAUGUAACAGUAAAUUUAACUGAGAAUCAGGCUUUAAGACGGUUAAAGAAAGCCAGCUCAGAUGACAGACAAGAGAAGAACACAACAGAAGUAUCCUGUGGUACAAGAAGUGGCAAUCUGGGUGCUGAAUCGCAUUGUCUUGACUCCAUUUCUGGAAAUACAGAUAACUUCAUCAAUCGAAGCAAACUAAAAAUGAGGAUAGAUCAGCUAGAUGCAAAAAUUGUGCAAGACGAAGUUGCUUUCAGCCAGAAAUCUAUCGGUUGCAGUUACCUAUCUCCAUCUGUAGAUCUUGGGCCAAAACGCUUGAAAAUUCGUGGCCCAUCCUUCCCAAGCACUGUUUCUGAAGUGGAAAUAUCUUAUAGGUUCCAGGAGGACAGUGACUUGGCUAGUCAGCACACUCAAUGA